CUCCCUGCUAUUUAAGCACUGUGGCUGUACAGGUUGGACAUCAGACCACUGCCAUGCUGUCCGGGAGUUCAGCUGUCACGCUGUCAGCCAUCCUGGGCCUCCUCCUUCCUGGUCCCGCAGUGCGAACCCUCAACGUCACGGCUAAAUGCCUGCAGGACACCAUCGCCUUCCUUACGGAGCUGGAUAAAGACACGCCCGAGGAAUACGCAGCACUGAUGUUUGAUGCCUUCGGAAAGCCAGGCAGUGAUGUCACAGGAGGCAACGUGAACCAAGUUGGCUCCCUGACAGAGUGUCUGUCUGUCCAAGGCCCUGGGUUCAAAGGACAGUACUGCCAGCUCUUCCUGAAGCAGGGGGCAGUAGAGUACUUUGUGGGUAUUUGUGUGCCAGACUCCUGUGAUGAGGAGGAGGUGAAGACACUUGUCUUCUAUGAGAAAUUUAAACAGGGUCACAUAUCCCUCAUAUCUCCUGUGCCAGCUCUGCUAUUAUCAGAUCCCACACUGGACUUAUUAAUGACCCAGUGUGUCAGCACGUAUGUUACACUCGACCUGUCCGCUAUAGUCUGCCUGUGUGUGUGCAUGCUGAUGAUGGCUCUACCUCUUGCUGCUUCUGCCUAUGUGGCUGUCAUGAGGUGGAGAAGGCGAGGCGAGGUCAGGCUUGGGGUCGACUCCACCCUUUUCUCAAAUCCCGCCCUCUACGGAGCCCUUCUGGCCAAUCACAGCAGAGAAGAAUUUUCUUGCCAGGACACCUCACCAUGGCAGGGCAUCAAUGCAGAGAGAGACCAGGAGCAAAGCGUUACUAGUGGCGUGGUCAGCUAUCUGCAGGCGUUCUCUGUGCAGGCUAGCAGUGUGGCGGUCCUGGGCACUGUGGGUGUGACCUUCUCCUCUCUGAACGGCAUCCGUGUCCUCAGCCUCCUGUGGGUCGUCUGUGGUCACACAGUGCAGCUGAGCGCCUACAGCAAUCUGGAUAACAGUAAGAGGUGGAAAGAGACUGUGGCCAGCAGCCCUCUGUACGUGUUUGCCUUCAGUGGUCCUGUCUACCUGGCUGUGGACACUUUCCUGCUACUUGGUGGUCUCUUGAGUGCUAAAUCCCUUCUGAGCUCUAUCCAGAGGUCAGGAGACAUUCUCAGCCUCCGCCUGGUUGCCUACUUCCUUUUUAAGCGGUUCAAGAGGGUCCAACCACUGCACCUCUUUAUGGUGUGUUUGAUCAUUGCACUGUUCUCUGUGCUUCAGAGAGGGGUCUUCUGGUUCAUAGCUGAGGACGAGGUGGUCUCCUGCAAGAAGUACUGGUGGUCUAAUCUACUGCUCGUUAACAACCUUUUCACCAUCACAAACAUUUGCGCACCUUGGACGUGGUAUCUCUCUAUUGACUUCCAGUUCUAUGUGACAACACCUUUGGUCAUUUUUCUCUAUAGACUGAACAAAUGUGUGAUGGUCGCCGUGGCAACAGUGCUGUUGGUGACAUCUGUCUUGGCUGGUGCCAUGGUCACAGUAGUGCUGUGUUUGCCUGUACACCAACCCACCACACUGACACAUGAGAACUACUUUCAGUAUUACUACAACAAGCCGUACACCAGAUAUGGUCCAUACCUGCUUGGCAUGCUAGCAGGACUUUACAUGACAACAAAAACAGAAGGCGUUCUGAAACACAGGUGGCAGGCUGCUGCUGGUUGGCUCAGCUCACUGUCUGCCAUGGCCCUGCUGGUGGGGUUGGCCUACGCUCUGAAGGAUGUCCCACCCCACGUGUCUCUGGCCCGUGCUGUGUAUCAGGGCUUGCAUCGCUCAGUGUGGGCUCUCGCUUUGGUCUGGAUCAUUCUGGCCUGUGAAGAAGGCUACGGUGGUUUUGUGAAUACAUUUUUGUCUAUGAAGGUGUGGACUCCUCUGUCGAACAUCAGCUUCGCCUGCUAUCUGGUUCACCCGGUUCUAAUUUUAUUGUUCAAUGGCAAACAGGAAACCUCAAUGCAUUAUACCGACCUCAACUUUUUGUACCUGUUCCUAAGCCACAUGGUUGUGACUGUAGUUCUGGGAUAUGUGCUGACUGUGCUGAUUGAGAAGCCUUACCUAUUCCUGAGCAACGCUAAAGGAUAAUCACACAGACUCAGACCUCCAGAGUCUCACUCACAGAGUCAAACUUAGUUUGUUGGUCUCUCUGAGCAGUGUAGACAGCACUGUACAUGAAUAAAAAAAUAGACAGUAUUGUUGUGGAAUUGUAUAAUUAAACAAAUACUGUACAGAAAUAUAAAAGCAUAAAUGAG